AUGGCUGGUAGUCUUUCAUCUUAUGAAUACGAAAAAGUCAGUUGUCAGAGCAAAUAUGAGAACACAAUACACCGAUGGGCAGACAAGAUGCGCUUGACCCGCUUCCCGCUACUUCGAGUGUUUAUCGGCGAAUUGGCCGGAACAAUGAUUUUGAUCAUUUUCGGGGAUUCGGUGGUCGCACAGUCGGUAUUUGCCAGCAACGUCUCGGCCUUUUCAGUCAGCUUCGGUUGGGGAUUGGCCGUGAUAUUUGGAAUAUUUACCAGCGGUACUAUGGGAUACGGUUUGUUGAACCCGGCAGUCGCACUGGCUUUCGCGUUCAAUGGUAAAGUUCCUUGGAUCGCGGUCCCAGUCGCCACAAUCGCCGAACUGAUUGGGGCUUUUCUGGGUGGUCUGAUCGUGUAUUGCAACUACCAGGUGAACAUUCAACUCCUAGAUCCUGGUCUAACGACGAAGACGCUGGGCAUAUUUUGCACUGGGCCAUCUAACGCAGGAAACCUCCCAGGAUUCUACGAUCAAAUCAUUGGGACUGCAUUGCUAGGUGUGAUGGUACUGGCGAUAGGAGACAAAUACAACUUCAAUAUCCCCGGACAUGUGAUUCCGAUCUACAUUGGAUUUCUAGUCGGUGGGCUCGUCGGGGCACUUGGUGUUAACGCGGGAGCCGCUUUGAAUCCUGCUCGAGAUUUUGGCCCACGUCUCGCGGCCCUUACAGUUGGAUACAAAGACGCAUUCACUUCGUAUGACUCGUAUUGCUGGGUCCCGAUUGUUGGUCCGUAUAUCGGUGCCAUACUCGGAGUGUUACUCUACGAACUGAUCAUUGGUGUGCAUGUUCGCGGACUAAAAGAAGAGGAGGAACGCCAGAAAAAACUGAAAGAUUACGAUGAUUAUUGA